AUGAAAGUCCUGUGUGUUGCCGAGAAGAACUCUAUCGCGAAAGCAGUCUCGAACAUCCUAAGUGGUGGUCAGUUAACAACUAAAAAUACCAACUUCCCGUAUGUUAAAAACUACGAAUUUACAUAUAGUGGGUUUAAUUUUACAGGAUCAAAUGCCAGCUGCGAAGUUGUUAUGACCAGUGUAGCUGGUCAUCUAACUGGUGUUGAUUUUGACAACCAACAGUACGGGUGGGGAAAGUGUAAUCCUUCAGAACUCUUCGAUGCUAACUUGAGCAACACUAAGAACAAAGACCAACAGAAAAUUGCUGAGAAUAUAAGAAAAUCUGCCAGAAAUGUUGAUUACCUAAUGAUUUGGACCGAUUGUGAUCGUGAAGGUGAGUAUAUUGGAUGGGAAAUCUACGAAGAGGCCAAGAAAUUAAAUAAUCGUUUGAAUGAUAAUACAUUAUACAGAGCCAUCUUUUCGCAUCUAGAAAGAAACCAUAUUCUGGGGGCUGCUCGGAAUCCUCAAAGACUUGACAAGCGUGCUGUUGAUGCAGUUGGAACAAGAAUUGAAUUGGAUUUGCGAACAGGUGUCUCCUUUACUAGACUCUUAACUGAUACAAUGGCCAGAAAAGUGCAGGCAUCACAACAACAAUCUAUGCCUCCACCAAAUAACAGUAAUUCAAAUAAAAAAGAAAAUGUGGUAGUUUCAUAUGGUCCUUGUCAAUUUCCUACGCUAGGGUUUGUAGUGGAUAGAUUUGAAAGAAUACGAAAUUUCAAGAAGGAGGAGUUUUGGACCAUUCAGUUAGUAGUCUCAGAACAAGAUCAGGGUGUACAAUCCAAUAAUAUUACAAAUUUUCAAUGGGAUAGAGGUCAUUUAUUUGAUAGGCUAGCUGUGCUUACAUUUUAUGAAUUGUGCCUAGAAUUAGCAGGAAACAAGGCCAGAGUUGUUGACAUAAAGUCUAAACAAGUUAAUAAAUGGAGACCCUUGCCUCUCACAACAGUUGAGUUACAAAAAAACUGUUCGAGGUAUUUAAAAAUGAAUGCCAGAGAUUCACUAGCUGCUGCAGAAAAAUUAUACCAAAAGGGAUUCAUAUCUUAUCCUAGAACUGAAACAGAUACAUUUCCACCUUCUAUGGAUUUAAAGUCAUUAGUUGAAAAGCAAGGCCAGGAAAACAGCUCAGCUUGGUUUGCAUAUGCAAAAAACUUACUUGAUACCAACAACAAUAACCACAACAAAUUCAAAUUUCCACGUAGUGGUUCACAUGAUGAUAAAGCACAUCCUCCAAUUCAUCCAAUUAUUGGACUAGGUAGAGACGCAUCGAUCACUGUAAAUGAACGAAGAGUGUAUGAGUAUGUCGUGCGCCAUUUUUUAGCCAGUUGCUCUGAGGAUGGGAAAGGUCAGAUGACAUCAAUUAGCUUAAACUGGAACGAUGAGAUAUUUAACGCCAAUGGGCUAGUAGUUCUCGAACGAAAUUGGCUCGAUGUAUAUCCAUGGAUGAAAUGGGAAAACUCUAAGACAAUGCCUCGACUAGAGAUGAAUCAAGAAGUUAUUAUUAGUAAAGCAGAGAUGAAAAACGGGUAUACAUCACCUCCAAAACCCAUGACCGAAAGUGAACUUAUUAUGCUGAUGGAUGCAAAUGGUAUAGGCACCGAUGCGACCAUUGCUGAACAUAUUGAAAAAAUUAAGGCAAGGAAGUACAUCACAAGUGAUAAAGUGGGGAAGGAUUCGUACUUGAACCCCACUAUCCUUGGUGUGGCUCUGGUACAUGGAUUUGAAACAAUUGGUCUAGAAGAUUCAUUUGCCAAACCGUUCCAAAGGAGGGAAAUGGAAGACGAUUUGAAAAAGAUAUGCGGAGGGACAUUAACUAGAAGAGAUGUUGUAACUGAUAUUAUUAAUAAAUACAAAGGUUAUUACAAUCGUACGAAUCAGAACAAGAAUAGACUCUUACAGGUAUAUGACCAAGUCAAAAGAUCGCUCUCGUGA